GGUUUUACCAGGUAUCCCAAACCUCCUGCCCCGCCCAUAUAUGGAGCCAGGCUAAGACGACCAAGAUCAUGCUCGCGCUCACCCACGACAGCUCUCUUAUUCCUACCAUGACCCUCCUUGACGACGACCGCCGCUUCGAAUGCUCGAUGCCCGACUGCACCAAGCGCUUCAAACGCAAGUUUACGCUCCAGGAGCACGAAAAAACGCACGCUGGCGUCCGUCCGUUCCAGUGUCUCCGCGACGACUGCCGGCGCAUCUUUAGUACCUCUGGCAACUUGGCGCGCCAUGCGCUCACGCACUCGGGCGAGACGCCGUUCGCGUGCGGCUGGAACGCGUGUGCCAAGGCCUUUUGCACGCGCGAAAAGCUCGUGCGCCACCUCAAGACGCACGCAGGCCUGCGCCCGUACGUCUGCAAGGUCUGCACGAAAGGCUUUACGACCUCCGGCAACCUCGCCCGCCACACCAAGUCGCACCCGCCCGACGUCGUCGCCGACGCUCUGCAGCGCGACGCCAUGGACGCGAUCCUGCUCGCGCUCGAGACGCCGCCCGUCGACCCGACGAACAAGUCGAAGCGCAAGACGACCUACGAGCUUGCGCCGCCGAUGCUGCAGCCCAUGGCCGCACCAGCCGGCGGCUACGCGCUCUCGCAGCCCGUGACGUGGACCAUGUAUGGCCAGCCCGACUUGUCGCUCGAGGUGCUCGACCUCGAUACAGACCUCUCGCGGCUCUGCUUUCCGCCACUGCCGGCUGUCCCUUUCCACGCUGGCCACGACUUCCACGGCCCGUCGUGCUUUUGCGUCUAA